AUGAGGAGAGGAAGAGAUGAAGGAGUUAAAAAGCCAAAGUCUAGAGUUAGGAUGCUGAAGGGUUGCCGUUUGAGAUUGCACGAAUCAAUAGUUAUACAAGAAAUCCUUGAAAGGAUAUCUAGCGAAUUGAAUCUUGUAUUCCAAAGUACUAUUUCCAAUGAACUUGUUGGAAUAGAAUCUCGUGUGAGGGAAAUGUUGUACUUAUAUUUAGAUGAGGGGUCAGAUGGUGUUUGCUUUGUAGGGAUUUGUGGGAUGGGUGGAAUAGGUAAAACAACUCUCGCACUAAGUAUUUAUGAAAGAAUUUCAAGCAACUUUGAAGCUAGUAGCUUUAUUGCUGAUGUAAGAGAAAAAACUAAAAAUCAACAUCUAGUUUCUUUACAUAAACAACUUCUUUCUAACAUCCUUAUGCAAAGAGAAAUAAAUUUAGGGAAUGUUCAUGAGGGGAUCAAAAUCAUAGGGAAUAGACUACGUGGUAAAAAGGUUCUUAUUGUUCUUGAUGUUGUUGAUGGAGAAAAACAAUUAAAAGCAUUGGUUGGGAACCAUAAUUGGUUUGGUCCAGGGAGUAGAAUCAUUAUAACAAGUAGAAAUGACCAUUUGUUGAAAAGAUGUGGUGUGGAUUACAUAUAUACUGCAAAGGAGUUGAAUGGCAAUGAAGCUUUGAGACUCUUUAGUUUGAGUGCUUUCAAAAACCUCCAUCCUAAAGAAAAUUAUGUACAUUUUUAUUUUGUGAAUUACACUAAGGGCCUUCCGUUAGCUCUUAACACUUUAGGUUCUUUGUUGUUUAACAAAAGCAUAGAUGAAAGGAAAAGUGCCAUGGAUAAACUAAAAGCAGAACCUAGUAAAGAAAUUUUGGAUGUUCUUCAAAUAAGUUUUGAUGGGCUAACAAAUAUGCAGAAAGAAUUAUUUUUAGAUAUUGCAUGUUUCUUCAAACAAAAGAAUAAAGAUUGCGUAAGAGAUAUAUUAAAAAGUUUUGGUUAUAACCCAAACUACAAUAUUGGUGUCCUUAUGGACAUAUCUCUCAUAACCAUUAAUAAAAAUGGAGGUUUGUGCAUGCACGAUUUGCUACAAGAAAUGGGUCAACAAAUUGUUUUUCGUGAAUCCCCUAAUGAGCCUGGUGGACGUAGUAGGUUGUGGCAUUGUGAGGAUGUCCUUCAUACAUUGAAGAAUAAUACUGGAACGGAUGCAGUUGAAGGCAUAGAGCUAAACACACCUAAUCAAAAAGAGGAAAGCUUGAGUGCUGAAGCCUUCACAAAGAUGACUAAAUUGAGAUUUCUUAAAAUUUGUAAUGUGCAACUUCCAAAAGGUCUUAGUUAUCUUUCUAAUGAGUUACGCUUUAUAGAAUGGUACAGAUAUCCUUUAAAAUCCAUGCCAACUAGUUUUCAGCCAAACAAACUGGUUGAACUCAGAAUGCGUUGCAGCCACAUCAAUCACCUAUGGAAAGGAAUUAUGAAUUUGGAUGAGUUAAGACUCAUUGACCUAAGUGACUCCCAAAACUUGAUUGAGAUGCCGGACCUUAGUGGAGCCCCAAAGCUUAAGCAAUUGAUUCUUCAACGUUUUAUGAGACUAUCUAAGAUUCAUGUAUCUCUUGGAAAUCUCAAAUGUCUUAUUCGAUUGGAUCUAAAUGAUUGCAAGUACCUUGAGAGCCUUCCACCCAAGAUCAGCUUGGAAGCAAUAGAAAUUCUUAAUCUUGUUGGUUGUUCAAAAUUGAAGAAGUUUCCAGAAAUUUUUGGAUAUAUGCCACGUUUGUCAAAACUUUGUUUGAGCGGGACUGCUAUAAAAGAUUUAUCAUUAUCAACAGAGUAUUUAACUGGACUUAUUAAAUUGGAUCUAAGAGACUGCAAAAACCUUUCAAGUCUUUCAAAUGCCUGUUGUUGUUCGAUGUCUCUAAAAAUUCUCACUUUAUCUGGGUGCUCAAAACUUAAUGAACUACCAGAGAAUUUGGGGAAUAUCAAAGGUCUUGAGGAGCUAGAUGUGAGUGAAACUGCUAUAACAGAAUUACCUUCUUCGUUUGUUCUCUUAAAAAAUCUCAAAGCAAUCCCUGAUGGUCUUGGUUGUUUGUCCUCUUUAACAAAAUUAGAUCUUAGGGGAAAUAAUUUUGUUUGCCUUCCUGAGAGUACCACUCAACUAUCUAAUAUGGAGACUCUUCUUCUGAGUGGUUGCACACAUCUUCGAUCUUUGCCAGAGCUUCCAUUAAAUAUUAAGGGUAUUGAUGCAGAUGGUUGUACCUCACUAGAAAUAUUACCAUUAAGACUUGAAGAAGGUCCUUGUCCAAUACUCUGUCUUCUCAAUUGUGUUAAAUUGAUUAACAAUGAAGACUACGAUGACAUGUUAUUAACAACGCUUAGACAUCACAUUCAAUUUAAGUUUUUGUACUCCGCCAACAUCAUCCACUUCACCAACGUUGUUCAUAUGAUAAUGGUAGUUAUAGAUUUACGCAUUGGCUUGGGUGGUACUUGA